CCCGGGAGCCGGAGGACGAGGCCGCGCGCGCCCGGAGCGCGGGGGGCGGAGGAGCCGAGGCCGCGGCCCGGAGCCGGGAGCCCGGGAGCCCGGGAGCGCGAGCCGCGCCGCCGGAGAGCCGAGUGGAUCCCGGCCCAGGCAGCAGGUACCGUGUCGUGCGUGUUGUAAGAACUCGCGCUUAGAAAUGCCGACGGCGGGCCCCAAGACCGCUGCGCCCCAGUAGAUGCCCAAGGACCCAUGGCUCUGGCUGUGCCUCCCACCAUGACCGGGCUGCAGCCUGCCAUAGAAGGAGGAAUUUCCGAGGUCGAGAUCAUCUCCCAACAAGUAGACGAGGACACCAAGAGCAUUGCUCCCGUGCAGCUGCUAAACUUUGCCUCUCGUGACCUGCCCCUGGCUGCCGUCGACCUCUCCACGGCGGGCUCGCAGCUCCUGUCAAAUCUGGACGAGGAUUACCAAAGAGAAGGGUCCACCUGGCUGAAGCCGUGCUGUGGGAAGAGAGCAGCCGUGUGGCAGGUAUUUUUGCUCAGUGCGAGUCUCAACAGUUUCCUGGUAGCCUGUGUAAUAUUGGUGGUGAUUCUCCUGACUCUGGAACUUCUAAUAGAUAUAAAGCUUCUCCAGUUUUCCAGCGCAUUCCAGUUUGCCAGCAUAAUUCACUGGAUCAGUCUGGUCAUUCUCUCUGUGUUCUUCUCAGAGACCGUGCUGCGGAUCGUGGUGCUGGGCAUCUGGGACUACAUCGAAAACAAGAUCGAGGUAUUCGAUGGGGCUGUCAUCAUCCUGUCCUUGGCCCCAAUGGUGGCGUCCACCGUGGCCAAUGGGCCCAGGAGUCCCUGGGAUGCCAUCAGCCUCAUUAUCAUGCUCCGGAUCUGGCGGGUGAAGAGGGUCAUCGACGCUUACGUCCUGCCCGUGAAGGUGGAGAUGGAGAUGGUCAUCCAGCAGUACGAGAAGGCCAAGGUCAUCCAAGACGAGCAGCUGGAGAGGCUGACGCAGAUCUGUCAGGAGCAAGGGUUCGAGAUCCGACAGCUGCGCGCGCACCUGGCGCAGCAAGACCUGGACCUGGCGGCCGAGCGGGAGGCGGCGCUGCACCCCCACGUGCUCAGCCGCCCACGGGGCCGCUACGAGGUGCUGGAGGCCGGCAGGUGGGCGGAGGAGGCCAGCGGCGUCGAGGAGGAGCUGCCCCCGUCGCAAGAGUGCCGCGCCGGGGACAGCGUGAACAGCUACGGGAGCCAGUACUACAAUGGGCCCAGCAGUGACAGCGGUGUCCCAGAGCCCACCGCGUGCGUAGUCACCACCGCUGCCAUCGAUGUCCACCAGCCCAACAUCUCCUCCGACCUCUUCUCAGGCGACGCGCUGCAGCUCAGCAGCAAUGGCACCUGCGCCAGCGCCACCUCCAACGGCGCCUCCCGCUCCACGCACAGCUCCGUCCCGCAGGCCCAGAGCCACAGCAGCCGGACGCUGGGCUCCUGCACAGACUGCAGCACCGCCGAGGAGGAGGAGGAGGAGGAGGAGGAGAAGCUGUCCUCGGAGCCCGGCCCCUGGCCCCGGCCGCCCCCGCGGCGGACGGCAGAGGCCACAGCGCAGGACCUGCUGUCCUCCCCGUCAGAGGGCCCCUGCCCGCCCCAGAGGGCCUUGGACCUAGUCCCCGUGUCCCGGCCCGGCCCAGCGGACUCAGCCCCGAACAGCCCCGAGCUGGAGCGCAGGCUAAGUCUCUUCAACCAGAAGAACCAGGAGGGCUUCACCGUCUUUCAGAUCAAGCCCGUCGUCCACUUCCAGCCCGCUGCCCCCGCGCUGGAGGACAAGUAGUCUUUGGAAUCCAAAGAGCAGAAGUUACACAGGGUCCCCGAAGCCUAGAGCUCCAGGUGGGCUGGGUGGGAGGAGGAAGCAGCCGCGUGGGUGCUCCCCUGGGCCCCAGAUGGCGCGGGGCCCCAUGCAGGGCCCCGGAGCCCGCCCAGCCCCCCUCGGGGUGCUGCUGCCCCCAGGGCGGUGUCACCGGGGGAGGCCACAUGCCUCAGACCUCAAGGCCCAGAGUGGGCGUCUCCCCGGCCCUGCUCGGGGGGUGGUGCUCACGGCUGGGGUCUUUUUAAACCAUUUUUUACAAAAACCAGCCUGUGGCCCAGCCUCAGUAGGGUGGAGCGGGGGCCAGCGCAGCCUCUUCCGUUGCCUUCGUUCCCGGCCCCCCGGCCCCCCGGCCCCUGGGAACAGCACUGUGAGCGGGGUGGGCCAGCCCCACCCCCAGGUCGGCCUCCCGGACCCCGGGUGGAGCCACGCAGAGCACAGACACCACCGGAGCCUCUUCCCCCUGCCCUCAUUCUCUCUUUUGGCAUGAGCACUUCUGGGGCUUUCCCAGACAAAUGGGGUUUUCACGUUCACAGGACACAGGGGAUGACUCUGGGUGGGCGGCUCGUGGGGGGAGACAGCCGUUUUGCAAUCUUAGCUUUAAUAAUAAAACCGACUGCACUGAGA